UCAGAGGCUCAUGGCUGCACGCUAAAUAGCGAGCAUGAAGUGAACUGUUAAUAACAUAAUAUAAUAUUCCAGUUUUUCGCUGGUUUCCCCGCCGUCAGUCGUACAUAAUGGCUUCAGAGGAAGACGCCACUCUGCUGUUUCUCAUCUUCCAGCACCUCAAGGUGCACGGAUACAAGAAAGCUGCCAAGGUGCUGGAGAAACACAUUGCUCAGGUGGAAACUCCAGAGGAGACCCCCAAUCUUCAUGAGAUCUACUCAGGCUGGAUGAAGCUGUGCUCUCUAGCUCAGGAUGCCAAGCAGGAGGCAGAAGACGCCGCUCAUCUGAAGAAGAACGGCAUCAAACCAGAACCUGCCACCAGCGAAGAAGAAGAUGUCGCAGACGCCAAACUCAACAACAUCAGCGAGGAAAAUCAUGUGGAUGCAAAACCUCCAGCUGAGUCCAAGACCGAUGUUAAGGAGUCUGCGGAGGUGCACAGUGAGGAGAGAGAAGAAGAGUCUGUCUCUGAGCAGCUUCUACCUCCUGCAGGAGAAACAAAAACAACAGACCCAGAGAGUGAGGAAGGAGAAAAGAAAGAGGAGGAAACGAUUGCAGAGGAACAGUCAGCUCCAGUAGAAGAGGCAUCUGAAGCGGCAGGGGAAGAGGUCGAGCCCAGAGCAGCCCUGACCCCCGGAGAGGAGCAGAGGGAGACGCAGGAGUCAGAAGCAGCCACAGAUGAAGCCUCUGCAUUGGAGCAGACAGCUGUCAAUCAAACUGAAGCCUCAGAAGAAGGGGAGGUCAGCGCUGCGGAGCCGACCGAACCCGACACUACAGAGGCUCAGGAGACCAAUGAGCAGCAGGAGGAGGCUGAAGCCCCGCCCCCUGCAGACCCUGUUUCUGAGAACCCACAAGAAGAGGUAGAGGAGGAGACAUCUAAGGACGGUGACCUUGCAUCCCCGCUGGCAGCUGAAGACCGGACCAAGUCCCCCGAGGAUCCCGACACUGAAGCCGAAAAAGCAGCUAUGGCGGAGCAAGUAGAGCCAGAAGCCUCCAUCAUCCUCAACAUCUCUGAGGAAGACGAGGCUGUUACUCCGAAGAAGAAGAGGAAAAGGAAGAGCAAAACCGAUGCAGACACGCCGACGGAGGAAACACCGAGCCCAGACGCGUCCACACCAGAUACAGCCAGCUCUGUGAGCGGCAAGAAGAGAAGGAGAACCAAGAAGAUACCUGAGGAGGAGGCCGAGGAGGAGGAGAAGGAGGAGGAGAAGGAGGAGAAGGAGGAGAAGGAGGAGGAGGAGAAGGAGGAGGAGAAGGAGGAGAAGGAGGAGGAGAAGGAGGAGGAGGAGGAGAAACAAGAGGAGGAAAUGCCUCAGGCCACUCCAUCGAAGAAGAAGGGUAAGAAAAGGAAAAUGGAGCCGGAUGCAGUGGAAGAGGCAACUCCCGUCACUCGUUCAGCAAAUCAAAUUAAAAAGAAAAAGAAUCAAACAAAAGAUGUUGUGGUGGAGGAGAGCGAGGUUGCUGUGGAGGAGGAGGAGGAGGGUCUCGUGAGUCCAGCUGAAACCACAGAGGAGAAGAAGAAGAAGAAGAAGGGGAAGAAGGUGGUGCAGUCUGAGGACCAACCAGCAGGGGGCGAUGCAGAGACGGAAAAGGAGCCGGAGACAACAGACGCAGACGCCUCUCUGCUCUCGUCGGGCAAAAAGAAGAAGCGUCUCAGGAAGAAACUGAGUCUGAAGAAGAGACAGAGGAUCCAGAAGAAAGAGGAGAAGAAACAAAAGCAGGUUCAGACAGAGGAGGAACCAAAAGAAACACCAAAGAAGAAGAAGAAGAAGGGAUCGGUGACGGAGGAUGAGAGCGAGGCGGUGAGCGCUGAGCUUCCUGAAGUCGACUCCACUCCACUCUCAAAGAAGAAGAAGAAGAAGAUGAUGAAGAGUGAGGAAGAGGAGGAGACUGCAGAGACCCCCGACACUGUGAGCCCCGACGUUUCUGCAAAGAAGAAGAAGAACAGACUAAAGGCAGAGCCGGCUGCAGAGCAACAAACUCCUCAGGCUUCUUCUACGAAAAAGAAAUCCCCCAAGAAGAAGAUAUCCUCUAAAUAAAUCUGGACGCCAGCGGACGCCAUUUCUUUCCUGGACUAUGAGCCAAUAAAACCAACCGGACAAUCUGAACAACGCUUGUGCCUUUUACUCCUGAUUGUUCUGUCUGAGAUGAAUGUGUUUCUGAGAGUGUUUCAAUGUCUAACUGCUCUUAAAAUACUGUGAAAACAAUAGGUUUCACAUGAACGUGCAGUUUUAUUUUCAAAGACAGGAAGGGGACAAGGUGAUUCGUACUGAAUUUAUUUACCAUUGAUGGGGUUUUGGGGGGGGGAUUUAAACUUUUUUUUUUAUGACAAUAUAAUGGCCAAUUGUAUUUUAAACUCUUAAACAGCUUUCUGAUUUACUUUUUUAAUGAAAGCUGUGUCAAAUUUAAAGUUUAGUAUAACUCAUUAAAUAUUUCUUGGACUUGUAAUUGUCCAAAAUGUACCCAAAGUAUUUCUUUCCUUUCUUUCUACAACAGACGCCAAACUUUACUUUGAAUGUUGUACUUAAAUCAAAGGGCAAAUUAGGAUGAUAAAAGGCUUCAAAUCAAACCUUUAAUAACCCAAUUACAAUCCAUCAGAACCCAAAUAUUAUCAGUAAUGAACUGAAAAACAACAGCAAAUGUUUGGAGUAGCACUUGCUUUAAUUAAAGGAUUACUCAUCAUUCGAUUGAUUCGUUGUUUGAGUUAUCCAAAGUGAUAAUUGACAACAUGAAGUGGACCUGUUUGUGAUAUAAUUAAUGUUAUAUUACAGUUUGUGAUGUCCUGUUUUCCCACAACAUCAUCCACACUCUGUUGGUCACGGAUGAGCUUUGUACUGCUCAUACAGUGUUGGUAAAAAUGUGAAUAAAACAUUUCAAUAUGUCACGUUUUUAGAAUAGUUCUUAAUGGUGUCAACGAUGAACUUUUUUCUAUGUUUUUUGAGCUUUGAGGUAAAAAAAAAAAAAGUUGUUACUCAGUAUUGUUUUAGAAUAGAAACUCAUGUUACGUAGGAUUUGUUUUUUAGUUUUCUUUCAUGAAGCUGUGAAAUGUUGGGUUUUGUUUACACGUUUCUUAUUCCCAUGAACUAUUAUCUAUGCAUCUGAUGAAAUGUGGUUGCUAGGCAGGAAUUUUGUCAUUACUUUUAUUUGUAUGUGCUGUUAUUGAGGACCAACAUGUGUGUGAGACAAAAUAAAACUCUGUAACAGCUUUCA